UCCCUUUUCUAUUCCAGGAUCCCCUCCAGGAUACCACACUGCAUUUAAUGGUCAUGUCUCGCUGGGGUUCUUUCGUUUAUGACGGCUUGUCAGAGUUGGUUUUCAUGACAGAAAAGAUAUUUUAGGAAUCCUGGGGUUGUUUCUUUUUUCUUUUUUUUCAAGGAAGAACGCGAGUUAUGGGUUUGGGGAGGAAUACAGGAGGAAAAUGCUGUCUAUGUGACUUAUUCCGGAUGCUGUCGCCUUGACCAGCUGGCCAAGGCGGUAUUUGCCAGUUUCAGUAGCCACAUUCGAAGUACUCAAGAUUCCCAUGUGUCAGGGACCACUGUAUUGGGCAGUCCAGAAAUAAGGCUGGCACCUACACAGAAACUCCAGUUUAGUAUGCAGAAGGGUAGAGGGAGAACAAGCCGGAUCAGGAGGCGAAAACACCUCAGAAGUUCUGAAUCAAGAGGAGUGAAUGAGAGCUACAAGUCUGAAUUUAUAGAGCUAAAGAAGUGGCUGAAAAACAGGAAGUUUGAAGAUAGGAACUUAACUCCUGCUCGUUUUCCAGGUACAGGAAGAGGGCUGAUGAGCAGAACACCCCUGCGAGUGAGAACUUCUCUUUUGUCCUUGAAACCUAACACAGAUUUUGGUGCUUUGUUUUUGUGGUUCAAAUCAAGUGAAUCAAAAGAGGGACAGAUGAUUAUUUCAUUGCCUGAGAGUUGCCUGCUCACCACGGAAACAGUGAUUCGAAGCUACUUAGGGGUGUACAUUACUAAGUGGAAGCCUCGUCCAUCUCCUCUGCUGGUUCUGUGCACCUUUUUAGUGUCAGAAAGGCAUGCUGGGGACCGGUCUCUCUGGAAGCCUUACUUGCAGAUUUUACCCAAGACCUACACCUGCCCUGUUUGUUUGGAGCCAGAAGUGGUGAAUCUUCUACCCAAAGCGUUAAAAGCAAAGACUGAAGAGCAGCGAGCCCACGUGCAGAAGCUUUUCACCUCCUCCAGAGACUUUUUCUCUUCCCUGCAGCCUCUGUUUGUAGAGCCCAUUGACAGCAUCUUCAGCUACAGCGCCCUCCUGUGGGCCUGGUGCACUGUCAACACCAGAGCUGUGUACCUGAGGCCUAGGAAGCAGGAAUGCCUUUCCGCAGAGCCGGACACCUGUGCGCUUGCUCCAUACCUGGAUUUGUUGAAUCACAGCCCUCAUGUCCAGGUAAAUGCAGCAUUUAAUGAGAAGACUCGUUGUUAUGAAAUUAGAACAGCUUCUGGUUGUAGAAAGCACGAGGAGGUAUUCAUCUGCUAUGGCCCACACGACAACCAGCGGCUGCUGCUGGAGUAUGGCUUUGUUUCCCCCUGCAAUCCUCAUGCUUGUGUUUAUGUCUCAAGAGAUACACUUGUUAAAUAUCUUCCGUCAACUGAUAAACAGAUGAACAAAAAGAUUUCCAUUCUAAAGGAUCAUGGCUUUAUAGAAAAUUUGACAUUUGGAUGGGAUGGGCCGUCUUGGAGGUUACUCACAGCUCUUAAGUUGUUAUGUCUGGAAGCUGAAAAAUUCACAGGGUUGCCGCAGCCUGGGGUCUCCUCAGGGAAGCAGCCUUCAUCUUGCUGCUGCUCAGCAUGGUUGGAGGACUUCUUGAAUAGUACGUGCUGGAAAAAAGUUCUUCUUGGAGAAGUAAUUUCAUAUGCAAAUGAGAAGACAAGUUUGGAUGUAGCCCAGAAAAUAUGCCAUCAUCUCCUAGAGGAGAGUUCUGCUAUGCUUCAGAGGGUUUCUCACAUGAAGGAUGAAGAGGUGUCUUUGGUAAGCCAGCUGGCUUUGGUGGAAACACUGUGGCGGGAAGAGCUGAAGGUCCUCCAGGCCUCCGCUGAGACCCUCGCCAGCGUGCACACCACUUACCUGGCCUCCCCCGAACGCCUGGGGUCACCUCCUGUGGUGGGUGUGACUUAAGCAUUUUUAAACUAAAUUGGAUUAAACGGAUUUUAUCUCA